AGCCGGAGUUUCAGGUUCAGCGGCGUCUGCCUGGACUGCUCUCCGGUCUGGCCUCGGCGGAACAGCCCUGCCGCCGAGGAAGGAUUAUGGCCGAUGAGACCCAGGAGGCUGGUGGCGUCCACUUCCCGUUUCCCUUCUCACCAUAUGCCAUCCAGAAAGACUUCAUGGCAGCGCUGUACCAGGUGCUGGAGGCUGGCAAGAUUGGGAUAUUUGAGAGUCCAACGGGCACUGGAAAAUCCCUAAGUCUCAUCUGCGGGGCCCUCUCCUGGCUCCGCGACUUUGAACAGAAGAAACGCCAAGAGGAGGAGCGUCUGCUGGAGGCUGGAGCCCCCAGCUCGAGCGAUGGGGUGGCCCCAGCCCUGGGUCCCCCAUCCUCCUGCCGGGGGAGCCCAGGCACCCCAGAGGCCACCGGAGAGCCCGACUGGAUCACUCAGUUUGUGCAGAAAAAGGAAGAAAGGGACUUGGUGGACCGACUGAAGGAGGAGCAGGUCCGGAGGAAGAAGCGAGAAGAGCGUCUGCAGCAGAUCCGUCACAACGCGAAGCUCCGGUUCGCGGCCAAGCGCAUGAGACAGGAAGAUGAGGAAACAGAGCGUCUGCUCCGGCUCAGCAGUGAGAUGCUGGCCGCAGGCACAGAGCCUGAGCAGGCGGCCUCUGGGGAGGAAGAGCUGGUCCUCGCAGAGUAUGAGAGCGACGAGGAGAAAGGAGUGCCCAGUGGAGUGGACAUGGAUGAAGAUGACCUGGACGAAGAACACGUAACGAAGAUUUACUACUGCAGCCGGACGCACUCCCAGCUGGCCCAGUUCGUGCAUGAGGUACAGAAGAGCCCCUUUGGCCAGGACACCCGGCUGGUCUCCCUGGGCUCUCGGCAGAACCUGUGUGUCAAUGGGGACGUGCGGAAGCUGGGUUCGGUGCAGCUGAUCAAUGACCGCUGUGUGGAGAUGCAGAGAAGCAAGCAUGAGAGGAAGAGCAUCACUGAGGAAGAGGAGCCCACGAGGAGGAGGCGGAGGCAGGAGCCAAGGGCUACCUGCCCCUUCUAUAGCCACGAGCGGCUGCAGCUCCUCCGGGACGAGGUCCUGGCAGGGGUGAAGGAUGUCGAGCAGUUGGUGGCCCUGGGCAAGGAAGCUCGGGCCUGUCCCUACUACGGGGGCCGGUUCGCCAUUCCUGCAGCCCAGCUGGUGGUGCUCCCCUAUCAGAUGCUGCUGCACGCACCCACUCGCCAGGCAGCGGGGAUACGGCUGCAGGGCCAGGUGGUGGUCAUCGACGAGGCCCACAACCUCAUUGAUACCAUCACCAACAUCCACAGCAUGGAGGUCAGAGGUUCCCAGCUCUGCCAGGCCCACAGCCAGCUGCUCCAGUACACAGAACGAUACAGGAAGCGCUUGAAGGCCAAGAACCUGAUGUACAUCAAGCAGCUCCUGUAUCUGCUGGAAAAGUUCGUGGCUGUGCUGGGCGGGAACAUUAAGCAAAAUCCCAACACACAGAACCUCUCGCAGGCAGGGACAGAGCUGAAGACCAUCAACGACUUCCUCUUCCAGAGCGAGAUCGAUAACAUCAACCUGUUCAAGGUGCGGCGUUACUGUGAGAAGAGCAAGAUCAGCAGAAAGCUCCUUGGCUUCACAGAGAGGUACGGGGCAGUCCUGGUGCCCUCCAUGGAGCAGCCCAAACUGUCCGGCUUCCAGGACUUCCUGCAGAGCCUGCAGCCUGGGGCGACGGCGGCCCCUGCCACCCCCGCAGAGGCGGGAGAGGACCUGUCUCCGCGGCCUGCUUCCCCGCUGAUGCGCGUUGAAGGCUUCCUCGAGGCUCUCACCACUGCCAACCAGGAUGGCCGGGUCAUCCUGAGCCGCCAAGGCAGCCUCAGCCAGAGCAGCCUCAAGUUCCUGCUCCUGAACCCAGCCGUGCACUUCGCCCAGGUGGUGAAGGAAUGCCGGGCGGUGAUCAUUGCGGGCGGCACCAUGCAGCCGGUGUCCGACUUCCGGGAGCAGCUGCUGGCCGGUGCCGGGGUGGAAGCGGACCGCGUGGUGGAGUUCUCCUGUGGUCACGUGAUCCCUCCAGAUCACAUCCUGCCCCUCAUCAUCUGCAGUGGGCCCUCCAACCAGAUGCUGGACUUCACAUAUCAGAAGAGGGGGCUGCCUCAGAUGAUGGACGAGACGGGCCGCAUCCUCUGUAACCUGUGCAACGUGGUGCCGGGAGGGGUGGUCUGCUUCUUCCCCUCCUACGAGUACCAACACCAGGUCUGCGCCCACUGGGAGAAGAGUGGCCUGCUGGCCCGCCUGACCAUCAGGAAAAGGAUAUUUCAGGAGCCCAAGAAAGCAAACAGGGUGGAGCAGGUGUUGCUGGAAUAUUCCAGGUGCAUUAAGCACUGUGGCCAGGCCCGGGGCACGGAGACGGGUGCCCUGCUGCUCUCCGUGGUUGGGGGGAAGAUGAGCGAAGGCAUCAACUUCUCUGACGACCUUGGGCGGUGUGUGGUCAUGGUGGGCAUGCCCUAUCCCAACAUCAUGUCUCCAGAGCUGCAGGAGAAGAUGGCUUACCUGGACCAGACGCUUCCCAGAGCCCCAGGCCAGGCCCGCCCCGGGAAGGCACUGGUGGAGAACCUUUGCAUGAAGGCUGUCAACCAGUCCAUAGGCAGGGCCAUCAGGCACCAGAAGGACUUUGCCAGCAUAGUGCUCCUGGACCAACGGUACGCAUCCCCGGCCAUCCAGGCCAAGCUGCCAGCCUGGAUCCGGGACCGUGUGGAGGUCAAAGCUACCUUUGGCCCUGCCUUUGCUGCUCUGCGGAAGUUCCAUCGAGAGAAAGCUGGCCUUUCCUGACUGGUGGCUGCACCGCUGCCUGGUUGCCAGGCCCUCCCUUCACCUGCCCAUGGGCAACAUCAUCAUGAGCUUGGUCUGCAGGGAUCCUGCCUGAGAAGGGGGUGCCGUGGGAGCCCCUUUGGGACUCACUGGGCUGCCAGGAUGCAGGAAUAGGUGGACCAGCCAGCAGGAGACAAUGAGGCUGACCCCAAAGAAACAGUGACCCCACCAUUCCUGGGCCCACCCCCAGCAACUGCCCUGCCUGGAACGGAGUCUGCCUUUUGCUCGGCCCAGCCCUGUGGGCCGCUGAUUUCCUGGCCAAUCUGUGAGCGGCUGUGGAGGCUGCAGCCACCCUGCCCUGGCUAGUUUCUCAGGAUCCACAUUCUCAGAGGUGAGAUGGAGCAGGCUCUUCCAGCCUCUCCCUUUUGCCCUCGGAAACCCAGAAUGUCAUCCAUCCCUACCUCCUGCUGUCCGCAGGGCCAUUCUGCCCCAGCUUCUGGUCCCCUCAGCCACCUUUUCUCUAAGUCCUUAAGAACUGCUCCCCAACCUCCCGGCCUCACUUCCUCCCACACUGCUGGCCCUCACCUGCCCCUGGCCCUGCCAGCAAGAUCAUCCUCCUGGCCUGGCUCCAGGGCCUCCCACUCAGCCACAGAGCAGAUGCCAAGACACCGCCUCCCCUGACAUCAGCGAUUAUGCCGAGGGCCAUUAGGCUCUCAGCAUGGCUAUUUUUAGAGACCCCAUGUCCA